AUGGUCACCGCCAAAGCCUCACCUCUGUUGUCCAGUUCCUCGACAAUAAAGGAGGGAGACAAUGAAGAGGAAGCACACAAUCAUGUUCCUGAUCCAGUAAUCCGACAACUCAACAACCAGCAGCCGAUGCCAAACAAUGAGGAGGACAACGAGCCUGAGCAACUAGAGGACUAUGUUGGAAUGGAAGACCUAGAAAAUGAUGGGAGUAACAAUUCCUCCGACAUUGCUAUGACUCUGUUUGAGUUGAUGCAGAGAUGUAAAACCGAGGCUCCAGCUCAACGGAAGCGUUGCUUCAUGGACGCUUUGGUCGUGGACUUCAUCAGAGAUGAAGAGGAACGCCUUCAAGCAUCACCGAUUACACGAGGUGAGUAG